UUGAAUUCGUUUGGCCAGGUCCAGCAGCAGGUUCACCCCAACCUCUCAGCAAAGGAAGAUUCCCUCUACUACAUUGAGGAGCUGAUCCUGCAGCUGCUGAACAAAUUGUGCAUCGCCCAGCCACGGACUGUGCAGGAUGUGGAGGAGCGGGUUCAGAAGACGUUUCCUCACCCCAUAGACAAGUGGGCGAUCGCUGAUGCUCAGUCGGCCAUCGAGAAACGGAAAAGAAGGAACCCCCUCCUGCUCCCUGUGGAUAAAAUCCAUCCUUUACUGAAGGAGGUCUUGGGCUACAAGGUGGAUUACCAUGUCUCUCUCUAUAUCGUGGCUGUCUUGGAAUACAUCUCAGCUGACAUUUUAAAGCUGGCUGGAAAUUAUGUUUUCAAUAUCCGACACUUUGAGAUCUCCCAGCAGGACAUUAAAGUAUCAAUGUGUGCUGAUAAGGUUUUGAUGGAUAUGUUUGAUCAGGAUGAGAUUGGGUUGGUUUCUCUGUGUGAGGACGAGCCUUCUUCUUCUGGAGAGCUCAACUACUACGACCUGGUGAGAAAUGAGAUUGCAGAAGAAAGGCAGUACCUGAGGGAGCUGAACCUGAUCAUCAAAGUAUUUCGGGAAGCUUUUCUGUCCAACAGGAGACUCUUCACACCUCAUGACAUUGAUGUGAUAUUCAGCAACAUUUCGGACAUCCACGAGCUGACAGUGAAACUUUUGGGAUUGAUUGAGGACACUGUGGAAAUGACAGAUGAAAGCAGCCCUCACCCUCUGGCUGGCAGCUGCUUUGAGGACCUUGCAGAGGAGCAAGCCUUUGAUCCAUAUGAAACCUUGUCCCAGGAUAUUCUCUCUCCACAAUUUCUUGAGCAUUUUAAUAACUUAAUGGCCAAACCUGCUGUGGCUCUCCACUUCCAGUCCACAGCUGAAGGAUUUAAGGAAGCUGUCCAGUAUGUCCUGCCUCGCCUCAUGCUGAUCCCAGUUUACCACUGCUUGCACUACUUUGAGUUGCUGCAGCAAUUGCAGGAAUGCAGUGAGGAUGAAGAGGACAGGGAGUGCCUGAAACAAGCCAUCACUGCCCUCCUGAACCUGCAGUGCAGCAUGGAGCGCAUUUACAGCAAGCACUCCCCGCGGCGCCGGCCUGGGGAGCCGGUCUGCCGUUUCUAUCACCGGCAGAUCAGAAGCAAACACUUGGCCAUCAAGAAAAUGAACGAAAUCCAGAAAAACAUCGAUGGCUGGGAAGGCAAAGACAUCGGCCAGUGCUGCAACGAGUUCAUCAUGGAAGGAGGACUGACAAAAAUCGGGGCCAAACACGAGCGCCACAUCUUCCUCUUCGACGGUUUGAUGAUCAGCUGCAAAACCAACCACGGGCAGUCGCGGCUGCCCGGCUACAGCAGCGCCGAGUACAGGCUCAAGGAGAAGAUUGUCAUGAGGAAAAUGCAGGUGGUGGACAAGGAGGACACGGCAGAGUACAAGCACGCCUUCGAGCUGGUGUCCAAGGAUGACAACGGCGUGCUGUUCGCCGCCAAGUCGGCCGAGGAGAAGAGCACGUGGAUGGCGGCGCUGAUCUCGCUGCAGUACCGCAGCACCCUGGACAGGAUGCUGGACUCGGUGCUGCUGCAGGAGGAGAACGAGCAGCCCCUGAGGCUGCCCAGCCCCAGCGUUUAUCGUUUCGUGGUGGAGGAUUCCGAGGAUAACAUUGUUUUUGAGGAUAAUUUGCAGAGCAGGAAUGGCAUUCCCAUCAUCAAAGGAGGCACGGUGGUGAAGUUGAUCGAGAGGUUGACCUACCAUAUGUAUGCAGAUCCUAAUUUUGUUCGGACUUUCCUGACCACCUACCGCUCCUUUUGCAAGCCCCAGGAGCUGCUGAGUUUGCUGAUAGAAAGGUUUGAGAUCCCCGAGCCCGAGCCCACGGAGGCAGACAGGCUGGCCAUCGAGAAGGGCGAGCAGCCCAUCAGCGCCGACCUGAAGCGCUUCCGUAAGGAAUACGUGCAGCCCGUGCAGCUCAGAAUAUUGAAUGUUUUCCGGCACUGGGUCGAGCACCAUUUUUAUGAUUUUGAGAGGGAUCUGGAGCUGCUGGAGAGGCUGGAGACCUUCAUUUCCAGUGUCAGAGGAAAAUCCAUGAAGAAGUGGGUGGAGUCAAUUGCUAAAAUCAUCAAGAGGAAGAAAGCCCAGGCAGAUGGGGUCAGCCACAACAUCACCUUCGAGAGCCCCCCGCCACCCCUGGAGUGGCACCUGUGGCGCGUGGGGCACAGCGAGGCCCUGGACCUGAUGACCCUGCACCCCAUCGAGAUCGCCCGGCAGCUCACCCUGCUCGAGUCCGACCUGUACAGGGCUGUGCAGCCUUCUGAACUCGUUGGCAGCGUGUGGACGAAGGAAGAUAAGGAAAUUAACUCCCCAAAUCUCUUGAAAAUGAUUCGUCACACUACAAAUCUCACCCUGUGGUUUGAAAAGUGCAUCGUGGAAACGGAGAAUUUUGAGGAGCGAGUGGCUGUGCUGAGCAGGAUCAUAGAAAUCCUGCAGGUUUUCCAAGACCUCAAUAAUUUCAAUGGUGUCCUGGAGAUUGUCAGUGCUGUGAACUCUGUCUCAGUGUACAGGCUGGAUCACACAUUUGAGGCACUCCAGGAAAGGAAAAAAAGAGUUUUGGAUGAAGCAGUAGAAUUAAGCCAAGAUCAUUUCAAGAAGUAUUUAGCUAAGCUCAAGUCAAUCAACCCCCCCUGUGUGCCUUUUUUUGGAAUAUACCUAACAAAUAUCUUGAAGACAGAAGAAGGGAAUCCUGACUUCCUUAAAAGACAAGGGAAAGAAUUAAUUAACUUCAGUAAGAGGAGAAAAGUGGCUGAAAUUACAGGAGAAAUUCAGCAGUAUCAAAACCAACCCUACUGCUUAAGGAUUGAGCCAGAAAUCAGGAAAUUCUUUGAAAAUCUCAAUCCCAUGGGGAAGAUACCAGAAAAAGAGUUUACAGAUUAUCUGUUCAACAAAUCCUUAGAGAUCGAACCUCGGAACUGCAAGCAACCACCUCGAUUUCCCAGGAAAACAACGUAUCCCCUGAAAUCCCCGGGGAUAAGGCCCAACACGGGCAGGCAUGGCUCCACCUCUGGCACCCUGAGGAGCCACCCUCUGCCCCUGGAGAAGGAGCCCAGCAAGAUCAGCUUCAGCAGGAUCACCGAGUCCGAGCAGGAAACCACGGCGUCGGCACCGACCUCCCCCAACACCCCGUCAACACCGCCCGUGUCGGCGUCCUCGGAGUUCAGCGUCUUCUUAGACAUUGAUCUCAACAGUUCUUAUGGUAACAACAGCAUCUUCGCUCCUGUGAACUUGCCUCAGUCAAAGACUUUCUUCAGCUCCUGGGGGAGCUUCCCUAAACUGAGUGAUGAGCCUCAGAACCCUCCUCCACUUCCUCCACGGAAAAAGAUGGAUCAGGAUGCUUCCAAUGCUAAGGGAAAUUCCAAGUCGGAUGACGAUCCUCCAGCAAUCCCACCUCGGCAGCCACCGCCUCCAAAGAUCCAACCUCGCGUUCCUGCUUACAGCACCCCCCUGGAGCAGCCCCUUCACAGCCCUCCUCCUCCUCCCCCCAGGGACCCUGUCCCCGACACCCCGCCGCCGGUGCCGCUCCGGCCGCCCGAGCACUUCAUCAACUGCCCCCUGAGCCUGCAGCCGCCGCCGCUGGGACGCUUCCCCCGGGAUCCCGAGCGGCUGCGGGAGGCCGGCUCCGGGCCCAGCUCUCCGGGCACCCCUCCCAGCACCCCCUCUCCCCGGGUGCUGCGCCGCUGCUGCGUCCUCAGCGCCAGCCACAACAACCUGGCCCAGCCGCCCGUGCCCCCCGUGCCGCCACGGCACAACUCCAGCCCUCAGCUACCAAAACUGCCACCAAAGACUUACAAAAGGGAGCUCUCCCACCCUCCUUUGCACAGACUGUCUUUGCUAGAAAAUGCAGAAACUCCUCAAUGACCUUAGCCAUAGUAGUCAUUGACACUGGAAUACUAUUUGUAAAGUUCCUCUUUUUUUUUUUUUUAAUUUAUUCAAAAAAAAAA